CAAAUCGAGCUGGCAACCCAAUUUGACAGGGUGAUCAUAGUACGAAAAGCGUGGUUUUUGCCGACAGCUGAUUUAAUGAGUACGAUAUUUAACAAGCUGCAUCCGCUAAAAUCAAAACAGUUCAACCCCCGACCUUCUAAGCAUGUUCAAAUUUAAUUUUGAUGUGAAGGCGGAAUCCUCGGAAGAUCCAGAGGCCGUUAAAACUGAUAUUUUUAGCAAGCAGGAAAAUUCGGAAAAACGUGAGUCGGGUAUCACAAAGGAUAUAGAUUGGUACCAGUCGGAGAAAGUACAACCAUUGGAUAACAUAAUUUCGGCAAUGGAUUUCUAUGAGCUUAACGCCAAGGAAAUGGAGGUGGGAAAGACGACGAUAAAACAUCUUGUGGCCGGGUUUCUGCUAGAGGAUUUAAAGGAGCAAUCCCACCUUGUAAACCUGGAUCUUAGAAAGUCUGAGGAAAAGCACUCAGAUUUGAUUUCCGGUGUAUACGAGGGCGGUGCUAAAAUAUGGGAAUGCACAGAGGAUCUUCUACUAUAUCUAUCCGAAAAGUACGAGGACUCAUUCUGGAAGGAGAAAAGAGUCUUAGAUUUGGGAUGUGGCUGCGGAUUGCUGGGAAUAUAUGCAAUGAAACACGGUGCACGGGUGGAUUUUCAGGACUACAACAAAGAUGUGCUGGAAUACAUAACAUAUCCAAAUAUCCUGCUAAAUGUAGACGACUCUUUAUCUGAAGACGAAAAGCUGAAAUUUUUGGACAACAGUACAACCUUAUAUUCUGGCGAUUGGUCUCAUUUUGCUGAACUAACAAGGGAUGUAGAGAAAUACGAUCUAAUACUUACCUCAGAGACUAUAUACAAUAUUGCAAAUCAGCAAAAGCUCUUGGAUACCUUUGCUGGUCGCUUGAAAUCCGAUGGAGUCAUUUUGGUUGCUGCAAAAUCUCAUUAUUUUGGAGUUGGUGGCGGCCUGGAACAGUUUUCAGAGAACAUUAGGCUGGGAAAUGCUUUCCAAAGUGAGAGUGUUUGGCAGGCAGACGAAAACUUAAAAAGAGGAAUCUUGCAAUUGAAAUUUAAAUAAAAUAUAUUUUGGAAGUAAUUUUAACAUAA